AUGGAGCUGCGGGCAGAACUGACGGACCGGGAUGGGCUGAAGCGACCAUUGCGGGUCCGUUGCGAGCCGCAGGGAGAGCUGCAGGGCUUGAUCAGCGGCUUGGAUCAGUCGCAGGAACAAGUUACCGCCAUGCUGGGCCCUCUCGUGGAGCAGGAGAGCGGCAAGGGAUCUGGCGACCGAGCCGGACUUGAAGGCGAUGAAGAUGAUGUGGAGAUUCAAGAUGAAGAACAAAAUCAUGUCAAUGUCAAAUAUUGUACUGAUGGACCACCAUUAAAGAGGACAAAGAGACACUCCUGA